AUGAUCCCUCAACUGUUUCCCUCUUCCGACCAGGGCUGUGCCUAUGUUGCCCAGCUGGUGAUUGAUCGAAUCGUCGCCUUCAAGCCUACCGAGGAGCGGCCCUUUGUUCUCGGCCUGCCCACCGGCUCGUCUCCCGAGGGCGUCUACAGACGACUGGUGGAGGCCCACAAAAACGGUCUGUCGUUCCGAAAUGUGGUCACCUUCAACAUGGACGAGUACUGCGGUCUGGCCCCGACCAACGACCAGUCGUACCACUACUUCAUGUACCAUCACUUCUUCUCCCACGUGGACAUUCCCGAGAAAAACAUUCACAUUCUCAACGGCCAGUCGGACAACUUUGAGCUCGAGUGCGCCAACUACGAGGCCACCAUUGCAUCUUUCGGCGGCAUUGACCUUUUCCUGGCAGGCGUAGGUGUCGAGGGACACAUUGCCUUCAACGAGAAGGGAUCCACGCGCGACUCUCGAACCCGACAGGUGUUUCUGGACGAGAGCACCAUUCGCGUGAACUCUCGAUUCUUCGAGGACCCCUCUCAGGUGCCCCGAUCUGCUCUUUCAGUCGGAGUUUCCACUGUUCUGGCCGCCAAGGAAGUCAUCAUUCUUGCCUUUGGCUUUGCCAAGGCCGAGGCCGUCAAGAAGACCCUUCUGGAUGAGGUCUCUUCUGAUUGUCCUUCUACUUUUGCACGAGAGCACACCAACUCUCAGCUCAUCAUCGAUACCGGCUCGGCCUCAGGUCUGGGAGCUCUGGCUCAGUCUCUGCACAUGCAUGACGGCUCUCCUGUCUUUGAGGAGAUGCCUGCUGUUCAGAAGGUCGAGGCCAAGUGA